AUGAAUAAAAGAAAGUUUGACAUAUUCAAUUUGCAUAAAUACCGCUGCACUUUCGAAACGAUUAAAACCAGAAUCACGAAAGAGCGAAUUGCGAAAGGCCGCCUCGCCAAGCCGGGAGACAAUCAACACUACAAGGACCGGGUCGACACGGUCGCCGCCGAUGUGAUCAACAUCACCGCAUCUUUCGAAUCGGCCAUGAGUGAGGUGAAAGAAGCCGGAAAAUUGCUUGAUGACGGAAGGCAGCUCAUCCGGAAGCUUGAGACCGAGAAGGAUGAUAUCCAGAAGAAGGUCGAUGAAGCUUCGACAACGCUGCGCCAUCGCUACGGCCAUGUCGACUUUGACGUUGCAGACGAAAAUCCGUUCCCCAAGCCCACGCCCUGUCCAAAACAUGAGCUCUUGGACAAGCUGAAAAAGUCGAAGGCCGGCGCGGCCAAGGAUGGAAAACAGAAGAAAACGGCCAACGCCUCAUCGGCCUCUUCUGCGGCCUCCUCGUCCACUGCUUCCACCUCGGCUGCCUCGCCGAAAACCGCCCUCGAGAAGCCGCCCACCCCGCCGGGACAGCCGAUCCAGAAACACCCCGGCGGUCGGAACACCAUCUACACGACGGUUGGUUUCUGCCACAAAUGUCGGAGCAACGCCGACCUCACCGAGGCAUACGGCCCGGCCACCUGCGAACGCUGUAUUGGCAAAUACACGUUUGUUUUUACAAUUACGCGCAUCAACCGAAACGUCCAGCUGCUGCGGCGCGGCAAGGGCAUGCAGCAGUGCGAAGGACGCUGUGGGCCUCAGCGCAAGUGCUCCUUCUGCGCGCUCCUGGCCUGGGCGGAGGACGGCUACCACGCGAAGCGC